AUGUGGAAACGAGUCGCCUAUAUGGCUUUGGACCAAGGAAAGUUUUUGGUGGCUCAGCGGUGUUUCGCGGCAAUCGGUGACAUUCCGAGAGUGAACUUUGUUCGAGAAACAAUUCGCAUUGCGGAUGAGGCGGCAAAGACGAUUGGCGGUGAUGGGACGCAUUUCUUCAAAGUACGCGCGAACAUCGCUCGAAUGAACAAGCGAUUCAAAGAGGCUGAGAAAAUUUAUUUGGAACAGAACGACAUUGAAGAAGCAAUCAACAUGUACAAAUCGUUGCAUAAAUGGGAAGAGGCAUUAGAGUUAGCGAGAGCUCGGAACUAUCCUGGCUAUGAGCAAUUGAAGAUGAAUUACCAUCGAGCGUUAGCCGAAACGGGACAAGAAGCCAAAGUUGCAGAGCUAAAAGCCACGGAAGGUGAUCCCCGCACCGCUAUUCAACUCUAUCUUAAAUCGAAUCAACCUACCAAAGCUCUAACUGUUGUUUUGCAGAAAGAAGAGCUUUUAAAUGAUUCAAUGAUUACUCAAGAUAUUGCACAAUCUUUAGUAAAAAAUCGUUUCUUCGAAAAGGCGGGUGAUCUAUACGAGAAGCUCAAAGAAUUCGAUAAAGCCAUGGAGAAUUACUUAGAAGGAAAAGCUUUUCAAAAAGCGAUACAUGUCUCUCGUUUCGCAUUUCCGGAUAAAGUGGUUGGUAUUGAAGAGGAAUGGGGAAAUUAUUUGGUUCAACAAGGGCAACCAGAAGCAGCAAUCAAUCAUUUCUUAGAAGCGAAUUGCACGGAGAAAGCCGUCGAAGCAGCGAUCAGGGCAAAGGAGUGGAGCAAAGCUGUGCAGAUUGUUGAUGUGAUUCAAGACACCGAGAGAUCGCAUUUAUUCUAUGGACAAAUCGCAGAACAUUAUGCCAGCGUUGGAGAGUUUGAUAGAGCUGAGCGUCUCUUCAUUGAGGCGAAUCUUCAUAAACAAGCCAUUGCUAUGUAUAUCAAAAGUAGCAAAUGGGCGGAUGCGUAUAGACUUUCUGAAGAGUUCUUGGGUCGAGAGGAAACGGCUCAAAUGUACGAUCGAAAAGCUGAAGAAUUGGAGGAACAAGGGAGAUUGGCUGAAGCAGAACAGCUCUACAUUUCGAUUGGUAUGUCAAACAAGGCGAUACAAAUGUACAAAAAGGCGAACAGAAACGAGGAGGUGGUUCGUCUUGUCGGCCAAUAUCACUCAGAGCAUCUAUUAGAGACUCACAAAAGAUUGGGCGAAGAACACGAAACAGCGGGUGAUUUGAAAGCGGCUGAAGAAGAAUAUUUGAAGGCGGGAGAGUAUAAAAUGGCCAUCGAUAUGUACAGAAAAGCCGAGAUGUGGAGUGACGCUUAUCGGUUGGCAAAAACCGAAGGCGGGGAUAUUGUGCAAAAGCAAGUUGGAUUCCUCUGGGCAAAGAGUCUUGGUGGCGAUGCGGCGGUGAAGCUAUUGACAAGGUUCAAUAUGUUGAGUGAUGCUAUUGAUUUUGCGAUUGAGAAUGGGGCUUUUGAUUUUGCUUUCGAUUUGGCGAGGCUUGGGAUGAAAGAGAGACUUCCAGAGGUUCACACACGAAUCGCCGUUCAAAUGGAAGAAGAGGGACGGCUGGAAGAAGCGGCUAAACAUUAUAUAGAGGGUGGUAAAGCGGAAGAAGCUGUCUCAAUGUACAUUCAUGAUCAAGAUUGGGCUAAUGCGGAAAAGAUUGCCAAAGAACAUGCUCCAAAUAGUCUCGCUGACGUUUACACUGGAGAGGCAAGGAAAGCUUUAGAAGCUGGUGAUCAUCAACGAGCUGAAAGUUUCCUAUUAAGAGCCGGCCGUCCAGACAUCAUUAUGCGAUAUUUCAAAGAACAAGGAAUGUGGGUGGAUGCGUUGAGAAUCGCCAAGGAAUAUUUGCCAAAUCAGUUAGCUCAAUUGCAAGAAGAAUUCGACAAAGAGGAGCUCCGAAGUGGCGCUCGUGGAGUUGACUCAUUUUUAGCUCAAGGAAAAGAGUGGGAGCAAAAUGGAGAAUAUUUGCGAGCAGUUCAAGCAUUUCUUAAAAUUAAUUCUGAGACUACAUCCGAUCAGGAUUUGAUCCGGCAAAGUGCUCUGAAAGCUGCCGAGAUUGCGCUCAAGUUUUUGAUUGGCGGUUCGAAUCAUGAGAUUUUCGGAGAAAUUUUGAAUCGCUUAAGUGAGCUUGACGAACAUGAGAAAGCUGCUGAAGUGCUUUUGGCAUUGGGAAGCAGUCGAGAAGCGAUUCAGGCUUUAUGUCAUGCUCAACAAUGGAGUAAAGCUAGACAAAUAGCCACCGAAUUUUUGCCUGAGGCUUUGCCGGAGAUUGAGUCAAUGUACAAAGAGAGUUUAAAGAAUGAGGGAAGAUUGGGAGAGUUGAUUGAUGUUGACGCAAUAUCGGCAAUCGAGCUUCUCAUCGAACGAGGGCAAUGGGAGAAAGCGAUUGAAACAGCUAAACAGCAAAAGCAUGCUCCUCUACUUGACAAAUAUGUGGCCAAGUACGCGUCUCAUUUGAUUAAAGACGGUGAUUACACGAAAGCCUCAAAGUUAUUUGAAAGAUAUGGAGCCGCUGGAAAAGAAGAGAACUUCAACAUCUACAAAACAAUCUUUGAUGAGGUGGCUGGCACCCAAAUGAGCACUCUUCUUGAAGAGUUUGAGAGGCUGUCACUUGUGCGAAACGUUUUCCAAUCGAUUGUCAGCAAUUUGGAGACGGCAAAGUCACCGCAUUAUCAUAUCUACAAUCGUCAACUUAUCUCGCUUCAUUUAAUGUGUGUUCGCUGUGCGCUGACCGGAUCCGAUGAACAAGAAACAAAAAAAACACGAUUAAAACAAAGCAUUGCUCUUCUCCGAUAUACCGAUCUUCUGCCACCAGAUCGAAUGUUUUACGAAGCGGGAAUGCUUGCAAAAGAAAUUGGUGGAGAAUAUGAGGGCUGUGCUUUUCUAUUCCUCAAUCAUUAUCUCGAUUUGCAUGAAGCGAUUGAAGAUGGAUCACCUGAUAUGGUCGACUUUACGCCAUUUGAGAAGACUGAAUUCCCACCGGAAGUCCCAUUGCCCGAUAAGACAUUUUUACAGGGUCCCGAACACGAAGAGAUUAAAGAAUGGGUAUUAGCGAUUUCUGUGGACGAUAGUGCGAAGAAAAAUCUCAUUGUGGACGGUCGAGGAUGUUUUGAGGCAAAUCUCACCAAUGGGAGUGAUGAGAAAAAGAUGUGCAUAUUGACAGGUUAUCCAAUCGUGCAAACGCUUGUCGAUGUCGGGAAUGGAGUGUUUGCUGAUAAAGAAGAGCUAAAUCGUUAUCUGAUUCUGUUGAGGAAAAGUCCCACUGAUCAGCUACAAGAUGUUUCAAAUUUUGUCUCAAAAUUGGCCAAGAGUGCCCUUGGAUUACAAUUA